AUGGUGAUGGUAGGAGAAGCAUCCAUGAAACUAGACCAGUGCUUUCAGAAGAUGAAGAUGGAAGGAAUCUCGAUCAAAGAGUGGAAAGACAUCCCUGUUGAGCUUCUGAUGAGGAUCCUUUCCCUUGACGAUGAUCGGAAUGUCAUUGUUGCUUCUGGUGUUUGCUGUGGCUGGAGAGAUGCCAUUUCUCUUGGCCUCACUAGUCUCCGUCUCUCUUGGUGCAACAACAACAUGAACAGCUUGGUUCUUUCUCUUGCUCCCAAGUUUGUAAAGCUGCAGAAUUUGAUACUGCGGCAGGACAAACCACAAUUAGAGGACAAUGCAGUGGAGGCCAUAGCAAAUCACUGCCAUGAGGUACAAGAUCUUGAUCUCAGCAAAAGCUUGAAGCUUACCGACCGUUCGCUUAAUGCACUCGCUCAUGGUUGUCCUAACCUCACAAAACUCAACCUUAGCGGAUGCACUUCAUUUAGCGACACUGCUAUUGCGUAUUCGACCAGAUUCUGCAGAGAGCUCAAAGUUCUGAAUCUUUGCGGAUGUGUCAACGCUGUUUCUGACCAUACCUUGGAGGCUAUUGGGAAUAACUGCAAUCAGUUGCAGUCACUUAACUUGGGAUGGUGUGAGAAUAUCAGUGAUGAUGGAGUUAUGAGUUUAGCUUAUGGGUGUCCAGAGCUCAGGACCUUGGACUUGUGUGGCUGUGUUCUCAUUACAGAUGAGAGUGUGGUGGCUUUAGCAGAUUGGUGUGUCCAUUUGAGGUCGUUGGGGCUAUACUACUGCAGAAACAUAACAGACAGAGCCAUGUACUCGCUAGCCCAAAGCGGUGUAAAGAACAAACCGGGAUUAUGGAAAUCGGUUAAGAAAGGGAAAUGCGAUGAAGAAGGGCUGAGAAGUCUCAACAUCAGCCAAUGCACUGCCCUUACACCUUCAGCGGUUCAAGCAGUUUGCGAUACAUUCCCGGCUCUUCACACGUGUUCGGGAAGGCAUUCGCUUGUCAUGAGCGGUUGUCUGAGCUUAACUUCUGUGCACUGUUCUUGUAUUCUUAAGGCUCAUCGCGCUCACAGUUCGGUUCCUCACCCGGCUCAUUGA